CUUGCUGUCAAAGAGGCAAAGCAGGGCUGGUAAACGGCCGCAGAGGAUAACCGGUGUGGCCCAGACUUACUUCACGGUUAACUAGAAAUGUCCCGCUCAACCUCUCUGGGUUUAAAUCCAUCCCUGCCUUUCCUCCAUCAAACCCCAUUUUCUCUCUAUAUAUAUCUUGUCUGUUUUCUACAUAAUUCCUGCCAAUUUCAAGAAACUUAAUCCCGGCCGCCCUGUCCUGGGAUUGUAGCAAGCAAUCGCAAGAUUUUAUUUUUUUUUUAAUUAGAUGAUAUUUUUGAAUCUGCAGAAAACUCCCCAAAUCUCCUCGAAUUCUAGGUUAUUUUUGCCUCAUUAGGAUUCAAGCAGUCCGUUGAUUUAUAAUUUUUAUUUUAAUUUAUUUUUGGGGUUUUGCGCCGGGGCUUUAUUCGAGGUGGGCGCGAGCUUGAUGAGUUUUGGAAGGGAUGGUGAAUAAUCUGGAAGAUGGGGAGAAAAACCCAUCGAUCGGAGGCAGCAGCGGCGCUACCAGGUCAUGGGGCACCACAUUUUCUAGUCAAUCUGUUUCCACCGGCGGCAGUGUUGGGUCGCCGCCGUCUAGCCGGAGCGAGGCUGCCUUGGCCACUCCUGUCAGCAACGGCACUUUUGAUCGCUCAGAAAACCUUGAUGUUCACCGUGAUGAUGCCCGAUCUCAACCCACUGCUGGAAAGAAGAAGAAAGGUCAGCGAGCAGCACCAGGUGGAGGCGAUAAGAGUAGUAGAGGAUUGCGCCAGUUUAGCAUGAAAGUCUGCGAGAAAGUGGAAAGCAAAGGAAGAACCACAUAUAAUGAGGUAGCAGAUGAACUUGUAGCUGAAUUUGCCGAUUCUAACAAUAGCUUUGCAUCCCCAGACCAGCAACAAUAUGAUGAGAAAAACAUUCGACGCCGCGUUUAUGAUGCUCUGAAUGUUCUCAUGGCAAUGGAUAUUAUUUCGAAAGAUAAAAAGGAUAUCCAGUGGAAGGGUCUACCGCGAGCAAGCAUAAAGGAUAUUGAACAGCUAAAGACAGAGUGUCUUGGAUUGAAAAACAAGAUUGAAAAGAAAGCGGCGUAUUUAGAAGAACUUGAGGAACAUUACACAGGUCUUCAAAACCUCAUAAAACGCAACGAACAGUUGUAUGGCUCUGGAAAUACUCCGACUGGUGGCGUGGCUUUACCCUUUAUAUUGGUUCAGACGCGCCCUCAUGCAACGGUUGAAGUGGAAAUAUCAGAAGACAUGCAACUGGUGCACUUUGAUUUCAACAGCACUCCAUUUGAGCUCCAUGAUGACAAAUAUGUCCUCAAGGAGAUGCAAUUCUGCGAAAGACCCGUGCCAUGUGCCAAUGGAUGGGAAGGUUCCAGCAACCACGACGCCUUCCAAACUCGUACCCCCAUGCAAAAUAUGUCUGGUAGGCCAUCUUCUUCUUCUCUCCCUGGGAUACUUAAGCCAUGCACCGCCAAGCAUGAGCCCCC